UUCACUUUUUUUUGAUCCCCGCAAGACAGUGUUAAUCUGGUCAUAUAUCCUCCCGCCCACUCCCGUUCCUUAAUCUUCUUUGUCUCUUUCGCUCAUCAUGGUUCAGCUGACUCUUGAAAUAGCCGGAGAAAAUAACAAGUCACUUGUAUUCUGUUAUUAUGUCUCAGGACAUGGCUGGGGACAUGCUACACGUGCAAACCAGAUCAUUUCAGAUAUACUUAAGCUUCCAGCAAACCAUACUGUUUACGUCAUUUCGAAUGCUUCCGAGUUCAUCUUUCGAGGAGUAACAGCAGUAGGAGCAAUAUACCGCCAAGCAGAUAUCGAUGCGGGGGUUGUGCAACCUCUUGCUUACACCGUUGACCGCUCUCAGACCAUCGCAAACCUCAAGCACUUUAUCGAGCGCCGACCCAAGAUCUUGGCAGCCGAGAUUGAUUGGUUAAAGCAAGUCAAAGCAGACUGCGUAGUGUGCGAUGCACCAUUCUUACCAUGUGCAGCAGCAACAGGAGCAAGAAUACCAUCAGCUAUUGCGAGCAACUUCACAUUCGAUGAAGUUUACACUGGAUUAUGCGAAGGAGACGAAAUAGACGACGAAAUCUAUGAUUUGGUAGAAAAGGUAGUUGCUGAUUAUCGCAAUGCCGAUCUUCUUGUGCGCUUACCAGGGGCUAUCCGCAUUCCCUCCUUCAACGACACUGAACCCCUCGUGCCAGCAACACCUAUUACGGGCACAUUCUCUGAGUAUAAGAGUGUCGUCAAUGGCAUGAUAAAUAUCCCCUCCGUCUCGAUUUCCAACGUACCAUCGAGUAAACCUACCGUAAAUUUACCUUCCUAUGAGCGCACUAUUGUGGAUGUUCCUCUAGUAUUUCGCAAGUAUCACAAUGACCGAGAGACCGUUCUAUCCGAUCUUAACAUUCCUAAACACAUAUACGAGACCCAUAAAGUACUUUUGCUAUCCUUCGGUGGGCAGAACCUUGGAGAAGGUGAUUGGAGCAAGACGCUGCCUGACAAAUGGAUUUGCAUUGUGUGCGGAACACCAGCUUCGGUAAAUCUCCCACCUGGGUUCUAUCGUGCACCACGAGAUGCUUACGUCCCUGACCUUACCAAUGCAGCCGAUGUUGUGCUUGGAAAGCUUGGGUAUGGAACUUGCAGUGAAUGUAUUGGUCAUAGAACACCAUUUGUGUAUGUAUCCCGACCUCAGUUUGUGGAGGAAUGUGGCCUUUUAAAGUUGAUGAAGGACCAGGGAAGUGUAGUUGAACUCUCACGUCAGGAUUUCGAAGCUGGGAUUUGGGCAGAAACAAUUGAAGAAGCUAGUAAGCUUUCGGGUCAUUGCUCAGAUCCUUCCAGAAGUGUAACGUAUAAUGGAGGUAUUGUUGUAGCAAAACUGCUUGAAAAAUUUGCACACAAUUGGGAAAUACUUGCACAAUCGAGAAAUUCUAUUUCCGAAGUCAAUGAUACCCUCCAACAAAUCCAGCAGUCAUCCGCAUCGAAUAAUAUUAGAGCCCAGUGAGAUAUAGAAUUUCAUUAUUCAUCUCGUUAUCUCAUUUUUUAUUAUAUUUGUCGUUCAUCUUUAAGCAUAGGGUUUUUAUACAGGUAUCUAGUAGCCUCAUCCUAUUGCUUCUCCUCUUCUUCAAAGGAAUUGUCAACCUUUCAAUAUAGGCUUUCAUAAAUUCUCUCAUUUUUCUCUUUCAAUGCCCUUGUCCAAUCGGAAAGUUUUGUUAUCAUUAAACAAACGUUAGGUAGAAAAUAAAAAAAAAUUCUCUAAUAAAAAUGGUGUUUUUCAU